CGCUUACCAAACCAAAGCUGAUUCCUCCAUGGCUUUCAAAACCUGAGCCUUCCUCCUUCCGACAAACUUCAAACUUCCAUGGCUUUUCUUCUUCCCCACCUCUUCCCUUCCCUCUCCCUUCUCUGCAAAUCUAAACAAAAUCCUCUUCUCUUCUCUCAAAUCAGGGCUUCUUCUUCUUCUCCUUCUUCUUCCUCUCUCUCCCUCACCAGCCUCCACUCCCCUCAGCCUCUUCUCCAGGGCCCUCAACUCGCCUCUCCUUCUGCCUUCCCCGAUUCCCGCUCCGACGACCGAAGAGACGACUUCUAUGUCAAUCUCGGCCUCGCUGUCAGGACGCUUCGCGAGGACCUUCCUCUCAUCUUCGCCAGAGACCUCAAUUACGACAUUUACAGGGACGACAUAACGUUUAUUGAUCCUCUCAACACGUUCAGUGGGAUUGAGAGGUACAAAUUGAUAUUCUGGGCGUUGAGAUUUCAUGGUAGAAUUCUGUUCCGGGAGAUCGGGAUUGAGGUGUACAGGAUUUGGCAGCCUUCUGAAAACGUUAUCUUGAUUCGGUGGAAUUUGAAGGGCGUUCCUAGGGUUCCAUGGGAGGCCAGAGGUGAGUUUCAGGGCACCUCGCGGUUUAAGGUGGAUCGAAAUGGGAAAAUUUACGAACACAAAGUGGACAAUUUAGCAUUCAAUUUCCCUCAGUCACUGAAACCGGCUGCGUCGGUGUUGGAUUUGGUUACUGCGUGCCCUGCUAGCCCCAAUCCCACGUUCUUGUGGGGAACGGAGGAAUUGCAUUGCUCUUCCUGGGUGGAGCUUUAUCAGGCAGUAAGAAGAAGUGUGGGUGGAGAAGGCUAUUUGAUUACACAAGAUGGAUUUCUCACAUGUUCAUAGAAUAUUUUAUUUUAUAAAUAUAGAUUCCACUAAGCCAUUUUGUUUUGUAUUUUCACAAUUAUCGAUAGCAAGCAAGCCAAUAGAGUUGAAACGAAACAGCAUUUGAGUGGAAAUAGAAAUGACGAAGUCCAG